AUGAUGAGUGAACAUUAUUUGGAAUGUCGUACAUUACCAACAAUAAACGAGACAUUUCCACAAUUUAGUACAAGACCACCACAGCAGCAACAACAAUCUCAUCAGCCAGUAACAAACACAUCGACAACAGCAACGUCUGUCACAGGAGGAAUAUCUAGAAAUAAUUUAAUACUUUCACCACUAGAUUUAUCACUACGAGCUGGAGUUAAUAUUGUACCCAUUACCCCACCCUCAACACCUUCACCACCCAGAAAACGUACAAGAUUUAUGUCAGACGAACAUUUUUUGUGGCGUCCGCAUGUCAUGGGAACAACGGUAGCCGGUGAACCAACCAACUCAACAACGGAGCAACACAACUUUUUACACACCAUGACCUAUACAAGACGUGAUGAAUUAAACUCAUCAUAUGGUUUGAAUGAGGAGUCAUACAACACGGCCGCCACAACACAAAGUUUCAAUAUUGACAAUAAUAAAGAAAUAAUCAACAAUUUUGGAGAAAUAACAAAGAGUCAACGAAGUGGAAGUACUUCAACAAUAGAAGAGUAUCAACGACAUAACCAUCAGCACUCACGCCAACAUCAGCCGCUGCAACUACAGCAACAUCAUCAACACCGUAGAGAUAUGGCAACAAUUUAUGUGGACGAUGAAACAAUUGUAUUGACCGAAGAUGAAGAUGAAGAAGACGAUGAGGAAGAAGAUGGCGAGAAUGAAGAGGAUGAGGAAACACUUUUGAGUUCUCAAGAACUAAAUGAAGACGAUGAAACUAAUGAGCCACCACAUAAAUCAUCACAAAGUCCCCAAAGCUCAAGGCACGAAAACCUUAAUUCACAAACACAAGACAACAGUAAUGCAGAUCCUGAUGAGGAAGAAGAAUAUGUUGACAUACUAGGUAAUGAUGAUGAGGAUGACAUAAAUCCUUUGUCUGCCCGAGCCAUCACAAUGUUACGUUUACAAAGUCAAGCGGAUUUAGAACAAGAACUGGAAAAGGAUGGCAAUGUAUUGACACGCAAUAAGUUGAUCUAUGAAAAUGAAGAAUUACAUAAUCGUGCUGUAGAUGGUUUGGCCAAGUUAUUCGAUAAAGAUUUUCAAAGACGUCAAGAGGAAAAUCAGGAAAAAUUAGACAAAGGCAAGACAUACAUAGAUUUAACUAAUUAUCAAAAGAACAAUAUUAAUUCACCCCAUCAGCAAGAUAAGGAACAACAGCAACAAUUUAUGAUUUCCUCACAACUACCAUCCACCUCAAGACCCUAUAAGACUCACAAAACCGAACGUAAACGUAUGAAACUACGCAAACACAUGUCAUUGGAUGAGGAAACUAUUAGUCCGGUUUCUGGCACUAUUAUACGUAAAUUGCGUGAUGAUGAAGAGUUGGUGGUGCGUAAAGGUGACAUUGAUCCUGCUUUUAAUGUCGUUGAGGUUACGGAGGAAGCUAAAGCUAUAUUGGCUAGUAUUGAUAAUAAGAUUGGAGCUUAUUUGUGUCAACUAUGUCGCACCUUGUACGAUGAUGCCUUUAAGUUGGCUCAACAUCGUUGUCCUCGUAUUGUUCAUAUUGAGUACAAGUGUUCGGAGUGUGAAAAGGUUUUUAAUUGUCCAGCAAACUUGGCCUCACAUCGUCGCUGGCAUAAACCCAAAUCCGAAAUUUUAGCCAACAGUCAAUCCAAAAAGAGAACACAUGCCGAACGUAACUCUCAAACGGGAUCCAACAGCUCCGAUAAAAUUGAUGAUGGAGUUGAUGGCAUCUUUCCUUGCAAUCAAUGUGGCAAAACUUUCCGACGACAUGCCUAUCUCAAAAAACAUCAGGCUUCACAUCAAAUGUUAGAGAAUCUCAAAUCCCUGGAUAUAUUUAAAAAUUCCACUGCAACCUCAACAACAUUCCAGCCUACUAAUCCACAUUUGAGUAGUUCAUCGCUACCAACGGCUCAGAGAAUACAACCAAAUCCUCUAUAUCCCUCACUACAACAUCCACGACCUUAUCCGGCACGUUUCGCAGGUUUUCCCUUUCCCACGCCAUUCGAUCAUCGACGUUUCUAUACUUUAGGGGAAUUUUAUCUCUCACAACAAUUAGAACGUUCUUCAGCUUUCCAGUAUGUACAGGCCAAUCAUUUGCGUAAUUUAACUAAUGUAGCUGGAAAUUUUAUUAACAGACCAGUGGUGCCUUCACCUAUUAUACCGCUGCCGGUAAAAUGACAAAAUAUUCUGCGUCCUGUACCGAGAAUAGCUUUAACAUCAACGGUAACAGCGACUACCUCUAUAAGCCAGGAAAUUACCACGAAUAAUGCUGCAGCAGCAACGCCAUCGGUAUUGCCUCUUUCUAGUCCCCCAACUAGUAACAACAAUACAAAUUUACCACCCAUCUCCACAUUUAAUUGGCUGCCAAAUGCUCCUAAUAACCUAACUAGUCAUACAUCUACGAAUUCAAGUUCUCGUUCCGAUUUGGAAGAUAUUUA